AGACGUCGCUUUCGAAAGUCACACCCCUACCAGGAAGUCAUUCCCAUGCAAGCACCUGGAGAAGAAACAAAAGUGAAACUACCUGUAUAGUGUUGCCCCAAAGCUUUGUGAGGUGUUUGUCAGGGACUAAGAAUGGCAGAAGUGAGUCUAAGUAACCAGGACCUUUUUAUGUGUCCAAUUUGUUUGGAUUUACUGAAGGAUCCAGUAACUCUGAACUGUGGACACAAUUACUGCACGGGCUGCAUUAAGAACUGCUGGGAUCAGGAAGAUCAGAAAGGAGUUUACAGCUGCCCGCAAUGCAGACAUACUUUUACUCCGAGACCUGUUUUAAAGAAAAAUAAUGUUUUUGCUGAGGUUGUGGAACAGUUCCGGAAGACCAGAAUCCAAGCUGCUGCUCCUGUUCACUAUUUCGCUGGACCGGGAGAUGUGGAGUGUGAUGUCUGCACUGGGAGAAAACUCAAAGCGGUGAAGUCCUGUUUGGAUUGUCUGUUGUCUUACUGUGAAACUCACUUCAAAGCUCACAAUGACCUUAACCCAGGUAGAAAACACUCAGUGAUUGAUGCCACAGGCCAGCUACAGGAGAGGAUCUGCUCCCAUCAUAAGAAAGUUUUUGAAAUAUUCUGCCGCACUGAUCAAACUUGUAUCUGCUGUCUGUGUAUGAUGGACAGCCAUAAAGGCCAUGACACGGUCUUAGCUGCAGCAGAAAGGACGGACAAACAGAAGCUGUUGGGGCAGACUCAAGGAAGCUUCAAAAAGAUUAUCCAGGAACGAGAGAAGAAGCUACAGGAGUUGAGGAAGACUGUGGAGACUCUCAAGAGCUCUGCACAGACAGCAGUGGAGGACAGUGAGAGGACCUUUACUGAGAUGAUCCGCUCCAUUGAGAGAAGGCGCUCUGAGGUGAAAGAGCUGAUCAGAGCUCAGGAGAAGGCUGAGGUGAGUCGGACUGAAGGACUCGUGAUGCAACUGGAGCAGGAGAUUGCUGAGCUGAAGAGGAGAGAUGCUGACCUGGAGCAGCUUUCACACACAGAGGACCACAUCCAUUUCCUCCAGAAGUUUCAGUCAGUGAUCCCUCAACCUCAGUCUAAAGACUUAUCCAGCAUCUAUGUCAGCCAAAACCUUUCUUUUGAGGCUAUGAAGAAAUCUGUCUCCACACUUAAAGCGCAGCUGGAGGAUGUCUUCAAGCAGGAAUUCAUGAAGAUCUCUGCAGCAGUGUCUGAUGAGCCAGUAACCAGAGAGGACUUCUUAAAGUACUCCUGUCGAUUCACACUGGAUCCAAACACAGCACAAAGACAUCUCCAUCUGUCUGAGGGGAACAGGAGGGUGGAACAUAAAAAUGAGGACCAGUCCUAUCCUGAUCAUCUAGAGAGAUUUGUUAUACCUCAGGUGUUGUGUAGAGAGGGUGUUUCUGGACGCUGCUACUGGGAGGUUGAGUGGAGUGGAGAGUUAGUUUAUAUAGCAGCCUCAUAUAAAAACAUCAGCAGGAAAGGAUGUGGUAAUGAGUGUAUGUUUGGAUGGAAUGAUCAGUCCUGGAGUCUGUGUCUCUCAGAGAACAGGCUCUCUUUCUGGUAUGAUCAUAAGCAGACUAAUCUCCCUCUAGUGGCCAGCAACAGAAUAGGAGUGUAUGUGGACCACAGGGCAGGAACUCUGGCCUUCUACAGCAUCUCUGACACAAUCACCCUCCUGCACAGGGUCCAGACCACAUUCACUCACACACUUUACCCUGGGAUUUGGCUAGAUUAUGGAUCAUCAGUGUGUCUGGUGUGAGCCACACACACACACACACACACACACACAGCUCACCUACCCUUCACCACACACAUACACAUGUACAAACUUUCAAAUACAAAUACACACACAAUAACUGACACACAAAUGCACACUCAGCAUCAAUCAUACUGUCCUCAAAUGAACACACACACACACACACACACACACACACACACACACACACACACACACACACACACAAUAUCACAAAGUUUGGUAAGUUUUGAAUGAAGACACCAGAAAACUUAAAAAUGUAAUCGACACACCACACACACAUCAUAUAAUCAACACACCACACACACACAUUAUAUAAUCAACACACCACACAGACAUCAUAUAAAACACACACACACACACACACAGCACUUGUAUGAUUUUACACACCUUUGAAUACAGACACUGGAAUACACAUGGACACAU